AUGCGCCGCCUGCACCAGCAACUCAGGCGCCGUGUUUGGACUGCGGGCUUGAUUCCAAACACCCGUCGACUUGUGACCUCCGCAGCCCUAGGGUUAGGCGUGUCAACUGCAUCACUACCGCUGCCAGGUCGCUCUUCUGCGCCUAUAGCCUCCGUGGCACCUCUUCCUACUGAGGUGUUGAGGGCUGCACCCGCUGCACCUGCUGCACCGAAGGCUGCACCCGCUGCGCCUGCUGCACCGAAGGUUGCACCCGCUGCACCCGCUGCGCCUGCUGCACCGAAGGCUGCGCCUGCUGCACCCGCUGCACCCGCUGCACCGAAGGCUGAACCUGCUGCACCGAAGGCUGCACCCGCUGCGCCCGCUGCGCCUGCUGCACCGAAGGCUGCACCCGCUGCACCUGCUGCACCGAAGGCCGCGCCUGCUGCACCCGCUGCACCCGCUGCACCGAAGCCUGCACCCGCUGCACCCGCUGCACCGAAGCCUGCACCCGCUGCACCUGCUGCACCGAAGGCUGCACCCGCUGCGCCUGCUGCACCGAAGGUUGCACCCGCUGCACCCGCUGCGCCUGCUGCACCGAAGGCUGCGCCUGCUGCACCCGCUGCACCCGCUGCACCGAAGGCUGAACCUGCUGCACCGAAGGCUGCACCCGCUGCGCCCGCUGCGCCUGCUGCACCGAAGGCUGCACCCGCUGCACCUGCUGCACCGAAGGCCGCGCCUGCUGCACCCGCUGCACCCGCUGCACCGAAGCCUGCACCCGCUGCACCCGCUGCACCGAAGCCUGCACCCGCUGCACCUGCUGCACCGAAGGCUGCACCCGCUGCGCCUGCUGCACCCGCUGCACCUGCUGCACCGAAGGCUGCACCCGCUGCACCUGCUGCACCUGCUGCACCUGCUGCGCCUGCUGCACCGAAGGCUGCACCCGCUGCACCUGCUGCACCGAAGGCUGCACCCGCUGCGCCUGCUGCACCCGCUGCACCCGCUGCACCGAAGGCUGCACCCGCUGCACCUGCUGCACCGAAGGCCGCGCCUGCUGCACCCGCUGCACCCGCUGCACCGAAGGCUGCACCCGCUGCGCCCGCUGCGCCUGCUGCGCCUGCUGCACCGAAGGCUGCACCCGCUGCACCUGCUGCACCGAAGGCCGCGCCUGCUGCACCUGCUGCACCUGCUGCACCGAAGGCUGCACCCGCUGCACCUGCUGCACCGAAGGCCGCGCCUGCUGCACCUGCUGCGCCUGCUGCACCGAAGGCUGCACCCGCUGCACCGAAGGCUGCACCCGCUGCGCCCGCUGCGCCUGCUGCACCGAAGGCCGCGCCUGCUGCACCUGCUGCACCGAAGGCUGCACCUGUUCCACCCGCUGCGCCUGCUGCACCCGCUGCGCCUGCUGCACCGAAGGCUGCACCUGUUCCACCCGCUGCGCCUUCUGUACUCUCUGCUCCCGCUGUUUUCUGGAGGGUGCAGUCACGAAAGGGAAGUGUCGCGGGUGGAAGUUAUGCUGCUGAACAGAGGAUGUCUUCGAGCGGCAGUUCGCGCCCUCGAACCGCCGUAUCUCAUGAGACUGGUGCGACACACACGGUGGCAUGCACACCGUCCCGGAAGCAGCUUCCUCACCGAACUGAUGCCGAAGGUCCUGCUGUCUCUUCCGCUCCUCCCUCACCGCCACCAGCGCCGUCUCUAUCAGCUGCAACUCCAGCACCAUCGAUUUCACCGUCUACGUCGCCGGCACACGCUACCAUCGCGCCUCCCUCCAUAAGUGCGGUGGGCGAGGUGGACAGCGAGGUGGAGGAGGGGAGGCUUUUCGAGGCUCUUCGACCCUCGCUCUCAACACGCGUCGAGGCUGCCGUACGACAGGGUAGAGCAAACCGCCCUCUGAAGGCGUCCUGUAAAGCCCAGCAGCCCCAGUCAGAAAAACGGGAGCCACAUGUUCUUUGUGGGAACACGGGGCUGCACACUGAUUCGUCCGAGCUUGUCGAAGGCGCGGCUGCCGGGGAUUGGGGGUGGGCUAAGCGGGAAGAGCGGCUACAGCCACUUCCGGCGUCCAUCUCCUGCAGCAUCGAUCGACAUGAAAUCCCAGCUGAACUGGGGGGUGAUGAGGGCCGUAGUGUCGCGGAGAGCAUCACCGCGGGGUCGACUGCUAAUGACUUUUCUGGAGGUGAGGCCUCAACGUCGCCUAAAGACUCCGCACCGCCGUCGUCUGCAGUUGCAGCAGAGCUAUUAGAGGCCGCCACAGUGGAGCGCUUGCCUGGCGAGGUGUGGUGCGGUGCAGAGACCGCAGGCUGUGAGAGGGGCGCCACGCCGCCACCGCGCCCUCCAAUCGCGGACAACAGUGAUGUGUGCCUUAAAGUGUCGGCUUCUGUCACACCUGAACUAUACGCGAUUACGGUGCAGCUGCGAGAGCCGCCGUCAAGCCCAACGGCCUGUGUGCAAGCUGUUGCAGGUGCAUUGGACGCGGUGGAGGUGCACUGCGACGCAGCUGUGGCCGCCCGCGCCGCAGGCAGGGCCGACUCGAGAGUGAAGGCGGUGCCAGGCAUCACCGUUACGUGGUGCACUUUGCCGCAUUGCCCCUUCUUCGCAUCGCUGCAGAACCCGGCGGAGCUGCCGUUGUCGCAGCGUGUCAGCUAUGUGGCGGCCAAGGAGGCGGUGAUGAAGCGCUUCCACCACCUUGUGGCACGAUUCGGGACACUUGUGCGUUUUGCGGCAGCGGCCAGCAGCGGGUCAGUGCUCGACUUUGGCGCCGAGGUUUUUUUUGCGUGCCCGGAGCGGCGGCUGCUCUCUCUGCGAGUCGCGGCGUGUGACGGCGGCGGCAAGACGGCAGCACCGGCGGAGUCGUCCUCGCCGCCCGUUGCCACCGUCUCUGUGGGGUUCCCGCUGAGCCGCGUGGGUAUUUUUCCUUCGACCUCUACGGUAGCCUCCCUGCAACAUCUCUGCGGGUCAUUCCACACGGUGAAGUGGGUGCCCGUGCUGCACACAUACGACGUGAGAAGCCUGGCUGAUGUUGGUUUGCUGAGUAUCCCUGACGCCGCCGGUGACGCUACGGACAAGAGUAAGACGAAGCGGUGGUCGCUGCGGCUUGAGCAGCUCAUUCUUGAGCACGUGUGCCGGUCACCUGCGCAGCGUCGGUGGGCCGUGGAGAUGCUAAUGUGGAGUCGUGGCUUUCACGACGCUGCGGUGCGUCACAAGGCAGUCGGCGCUAUGUCCGCAGACAUCGCAGACGGUUGGUACGCAUACGCAAUGGGGGCUCUUAGCCGGAAUCCCUCAUCCGCAGAAGCGGGUGCUGCAUGCCGAGAUGCUGAAAACGCCACCGGGAUUCAGCCGCUUCUGACAACACCCCCCUGCAGAGGCGCCGCUCAUGCUGUACAGGUGCACUCGAGGUCUCUGCGAUGCGCGCUGCCUCCUCUGCCACACCACCGCUUUCUCACCUUCCCGCACGUGCAGCGUUCGCUGUGGAUGAAUAAAAUACAAACACUGGCUGCCACAGCAGAGUCCGCUGGAGCGGCCGUGCUGUUUGACUGCUCUGACAAGGCUGUGAUGGACACGUUGGAUUUGGUGGAGACGCACCUCACUGGCACCGCUGCGCAGCGAGCUCGCUUGCCCUAUCUGAACGUCGUAUUAAUCGGCGACGCUACCACUGCGCGACCGAUUCUUCAACGCCUGCCUUGCGCUGCUGUCAUCUCCUCCGCGUCUGCGUUUUGUGAAACGGGGCACGCCUCCGUGCAGCAGGUGCGCCUGUACGCUUCGCCGAAGUGGCCGACAGAUCUUCAGCAAGACACGUUGUUGGCAGCCUUGACAUACCUCAAGCGCCGCGGAGCACCUCACGUCGUCGCCGCCGGCGCGGCGCCGCAGCGGCUUCUGCUAGCACUGUGCCAGGAGGCGGUGUUGGUAGCGCGCUCGCUGCCUGAUGCCAUGGCUGUCGAAUCCGCCGCCAAGGAGCAGCUGGGUCUGUGCUUGGGGCCCUUCCGACUUAUGGAUGCUUAUGGCACCGUUGCCAUCGCCUCCAUGGCUGCCGCAGAGCGGACGCGCACCGCGGCGGCCAGCGAUGUGGCGACUCGAGCCGCUGUAGCCCCCGUGCACGAGCUGGAAAGCUGCAUGCGGUCCAUGGCCCGUGAGGGGCUGCUAGGAGCGAGAGGUGUACGUGGAGGUUUCUACGAUUCCGUUGUGGCAACUAACGAAGCAGUCUCCGCCGCUCCGCUGCUUCGCGAGGCGGUGCUGAACGCGUACGUCCGUCACACGACGCCGGCGCAGGUAGGUGACCGGCUUCGCGCGGCCGUGCUGAACGUGGCCUGCGAGCUGCUAACCCGCGGCGAGGUGCAGCGGGUCGAUGAUGUCGACCUGCUUUCGAUGAGUGCCCUCGGAUGGCGGGAGGAGACGGGCGGGGUUCUUUAUCAGGUGGACCAGCUGGGGGCAGACAGCUUGCCACGGUUGGUGGAGCAGAUGACAUGCUUGGCCACGACAGGCAUUGCACCGCACCUCGCUCCUCACCCGUUACUCUUGCGCAUGGUGACAGAUAAGGUACGCUUCGCCAGCCUCAAGGCUAGCGGUCUGCUAUGA